CCUUCCUCCUCCUCUGCCGACGAUGGCGCGUCGGGCGCCAUGUCCGUGGUCGUGGCCGUGGAGAAGUCGCUGCUGCGCACCCUCGCCUUCGUGCUCUACCAGCUGGACCGGAGCUGCGCCAAGUACUGCGCGUCGUCCAUCCUGCAAUGGUACAUGCAGCUCCAGACGCAGCUGCCGGUGGCUGCCGUAGACUCGCUGGACCGCGUGGCCGACUCGGUCAUCUCGCUCUCGGACGCGCAGUUCACCGAGUUCUGGCGCUCGCUCGAACAGCACGUGGUCAAGCGCUUCUACCAGCAGCUCUUCCUCGGCGUCCAGCGGUUCUUCGCUGCCGAUUCGUCGGACCAAGGACGGACCCAGACGCCGUGCACGUCUCCGGUCGAUCUGUCGGACUCGAGCCAUCACAGCACGCGGCAUCAGUACCACAGGAUGCGACACCAUGACGACGAGUCGGACAGCUCCGAAGACAGUGAAGCUGAUGACGAGUUUGAACCGGGCUGGGCCGUGGAGUACUUGGAGCAGGACGCCAACAUCCCGUCCGAGAUGACGCGUCGCAUGGCCAAGAUGAUGCACUCGAACGUGCCGGCCAACCUCUUCCGAGCUACUGUCACCCUUGGCGGGGGUGACGAUGAUGACCAGAGCAUGAAUUACUACAUGGGGGCAGUCACUCCCGGGUCUUUUCCCCCGACUCCCAUUACGAGGGACAUUCAGACUCGACAGAUGCAUCACUACACUGUCACCGUGCUGGACCAUGCCACCUUGACACUGAGGCUGCUGACGGAGGAAAACUACAGCAGCUGA